CGAAGUCGAGUCAGGAAGAAAAGUGAAUGCUUGACGGCGCUAAACCGUACCAAACUGUUUCAGAAUCGAAGCCAUUGGUGACCGGAUAUCCGUGAUUUAAAAAGUUUUUCGAUUAAAGUACAUUCUUGUUAAAGAAAGGUAUUCAAAAACCACCUUUUCAUUAAACCAGAAAGCAGCCACAGAGGAGUGUAUAUGUGUGCGUGGAAGCUGAACUGGAACGAAACAUCCGCUUGAAAACGACAAGCAUUAAUGGGUGCGCGUGUGUGCGUCAGCGAAUGUCAGCAUAAACGCACACACUGAAAGAAUCACUACUGGAGGGUGACUAAUUUCAUGUGAAUUUGCCGUUUCGUCAGGGAAGACUACGAGUUGGCUACGAGGAGGAGACAAACAAAAGACUGCUAUUGCGGGCGUAAGAAUCGGGGUGUGAAAUUUUGUUCGCAAAAGCGUGAGUUUCUCGUGAAAGAAACAGACGGAGUAAACGAUGGAAACGCUCUCAAACUUUGGGCAAGUGGCCCUGAAAUGGGACCCGAAAAAUUUAGAAAUUCGUACGAUGUCGGUGGAGAAAACGCUGGAACCACUGGUGCUGCAAGUGACAACGCUCGUUAGUACGAAGGGUCCGAGCAAAAAGAAAAAAGGCAAAUCGAAACGCGCUAGUGCCCUGGUGGCAGCAGUCGAGAAGGCAACCGAUAUCUUCAUUGAGAGGGGCGAGCAAAUCGCUUACGAAAAUCCGGACAUCACGCAGGAGAUGCUGUCAGCCGUGGAGGAGGUACGCAAAACAGGUUCCGCUAUGAGCAUUGCGGCCCGCGAAUUUUCAGAGGAUCCGUGCAGCUCGUUAAAGCGCGGAAACAUGGUCCGAGCCGCCCGCAACUUGCUGUCGGCCGUCACCCGACUGCUAAUUCUGGCCGACAUGGUAGAUGUCCACUUGCUGCUGAAAUCGUUACACGUAGUCGAAGACGAUCUGGACAAGCUGCGCAACGCAUCUUCGCAAGACGAGCUUAUGAACAACAUGCGCCAGUUUGGACGGAAUGCGAACGAGCUGAUCAAGCAGGCGGCGAAGCGACAGCAAGAAUUGAAGGAUCCGCAGCUGCGGGACGAUUUGGCUGCGGCACGAGCCGUGCUCAAGAAGCAUUCGACUAUGUUGCUUACCGCGUCAAAGGUUUACGUACGCCAUCCAGAGCUCGAUCUGGCGAAGGCCAAUCGAGACCACAUCCUGAAACAGGUGUGCGAGGCAGUGCACACCAUAAGUGAUGUGGCACAGGGAAAAUCGUCUCAACCGCAGGACGUUUACGUCGGUGCCGGGGAACUGGCGGCUGCGCUGGAUGAUUUUGAUGAGGGCAUCGUUAUGGACCCCCGAGCGUAUAACGAAGUGCGUUCUCGACCGUCGCUUGAAGAACGAUUAGAAAGUAUCAUCAGUGCGGCAGCACUGAUGGCCGAUGCUGAUUGUACCCGGGACGAACGUCGCGAGCGAAUAGUUGGCGAAUGCAAUGCGGUACGACAAGCGUUGCAAGAUCUUCUUUCGGAGUACAUGUCCAACAUGGGCACAAAGGAUCGUACCAUGGAGUUGGAACGCGCAAUCAAGCACAUGUACCGCAAGACGAAGGAUUUACGGCGUCAGCUGCGUAAAGCUGUGGUCGAUCAUGUUUCCGAUUCGUUUCUCGAAACGAAUAUGCCGCUUCUUGACCUCAUCGAAGCGGCUCGUAGCGGUAAUGAGAAGGUGGUUCGCGAGCGCGCUGAUAUCUUCACCAAGCACGCGGAGAAGCUAGUGGAGGUGGCCAAUCUUGUGUGCAGCAUGUCUAACAACGAGGAUGGUGUCAAAAUGGUGCGCUACGCGGCCGAUCAGAUCGAAACGCUCUGCCCGCAGGUAAUUAAUGCGGCCCUGAUUCUUGCGGCACGUCCCAACUCCAAGGUAGCGCAGGAAAACAUGGAAGCGUACCGGUUGGCGUGGGAAAACCAAGUGCGCAUUCUGACGGAAGCAGUCGAUGAUAUUACGACAAUCGACGAUUUUCUUGCCGUCUCUGAGAACCACAUCCUGGAGGAUGUGAAUAAAUGUGUGUUGGCGUUGCAAGAGGGUGAUGCCCUUGACCUGCGCAACACGGCCGGAGCAAUUCAGGGUCGGUCGGCUCGCGUUUGCAACGUUGUCGAAGCAGAGAUGGACAACUAUGAGCCGUGUGUGUACACGGAUCGCGUGCUGGAGGCUGUAAAGGUGCUGCGCGAACAGGUGAUGGCUAAAUUUGCCCAGCGCGUUGAUGUGGCCGUCGAUGCACUGUCGUCCAAUUCUCCCAAGGACGUCGAUGAGAACGAUUUUAUCGAUGCGUCACGUCUGGUAUACGACGGGGUGCGAGAAAUUCGGCGUGCCGUUCUAAUGAACAGGAGCUCCGAUGAAUUGGAUACCGAUACGGAGUUCGAACCAGUCGAGGAUAUGACCGUUGAGACGCGGAGUAGAUCGAGCGCCCACACUGGAGAUCAAACCAUUGACGAAUAUCCUGAGAUUAGUGGCAUCACAACCGCUAGAGAAGCGAUGCGUAAGAUGAACGAAGAGGACAAGCAGAAAAUUAUGCAGCAGGUCGAAUUGUUCCGUCGGGAGAAGCUUACCUUUGACUCUGAGGUCGCGAAGUGGGAUGACACGGGUAAUGACAUCAUCUAUCUCGCUAAGCAUAUGUGCAUGAUAAUGAUGGAGAUGACCGACUUUACGCGUGGCCGUGGACCGCUCAAGACCACGAUGGAUGUUAUUAACGCGGCAAAGAAAAUCUCCGAGGCAGGUACCAAGCUCGAUAAGUUGACGCGCGAAAUAGCCGAUCAGUGCCCAGAAAGCUCAACCAAGAAAGAUCUUCUCGCGUACCUACAGCGUAUUGCUCUUUACUGCCAUCAGAUUCAGAUCACCUCGAAGGUGAAGGCUGAUGUGCAGAACAUUAGUGGUGAACUGAUCGUGUCAGGGGUAAUGCUGGACAGUGCGACUUCGUUGAUACAGGCGGCCAAGAAUCUGAUGAACGCGGUCGUCUACACGGUGAAAUACUCUUACGUUGCUUCCACAAAGUAUACCCGCCAGGGCACGGUUUCGAAUUACUCGCCAAUCGUCGUGUGGAAGAUGAAGGCACCGGAAAAGAAGCCUUUGGUUCGACCAGAAAAGCCGGAAGAAGUACGCGCCAAGGUUCGACGCGCGUCGCAGAAGAAAACACAAAACCCCGUUCAUGCGCUCUCCGAGUUCCAAAGCCCCACUGACGCGGUUUAAGUAUAUAACGCCAAUGCGUUUAAUAUAAGCUAAAUUAUUUUCCCAUUUCAAGCACACUCAAAUACGCAAAAGACAAAACACCUCAGCCGCACAGGUUGUCUAACCUCUACAGCAGGUUUACCACCGGUGCACCAUUGAAGAGAUAGAGUAGGUUUUUAUGAUUAGUAUAUUGUUAAUAAGGAAAAAGAAUUCAAAAGCCAAUGUCACGGUGUUUGUUCGACUUGUGAUUAAACUAUCAGGUGGUGACCGAGCUUUAGGUAAGGGAGAGGACCUACACGAAUUGAUAAUGUUAAUCAAAAUUCUGCAACGAAUUGUGGUGCGAACCUACACCCACCCACGCACACACUGUAAUCCCACUACAAGGCCUCUAUUUGGCAAAUCGUCAUUUUAUCCAUUUUUCAUAUUAAGUAUUUUUUAUUUAUUGUUUUCGCGUUAUUCAUCCAUUGAAACAUCUAUAGUUGUGAUUCGCGUAUGAUGGUGAGAAAUAUUAAAGUCAAAAAAGGAAUGCGGAUGAAAUAAGGAGCGAAGGGAAGUGUCACUUUUAAAAUUUACCUUUAUGUGAAGUAUGUUUUAUCAGUAUUUUUUACACACCAUUUGAUUAUUACAAUUUGCACACAGACGAGCGGCACACAGAAAAAUGUGAGAAUAUGUGAGAUGUAACACGGAUAAUGUAUUUGAAAUGGAGCCAUGCGAUGGUGUGGUCUGGUAAAAUAGCAUCGCAGUUUGAAGUGUUUUGGAAAAGAAUGGUUCGCGGCUCCACACGUCGUCACAGAGUAUCUAACUGAGGAUGUAAGCUUUUCCCCGUUUUCUGCUGCGAAUCGAGUUGAAUUGACUGGCGCAUAAAGUAGGAAAUCUCAAAAGCUCAAAAGUGAUGAACAAAUGAACUAAUAGUUUCCUGUUUACAGUCAUAGCAUUGUCGCGUUUUACAGUAACAGAGUACCGUUCGGAAGCCGUCAUCGGUCAUUGGUUGAAGAAAGGUUUGUUAUAAACUACAUUACCGAACGUGACCGUUGAUAAAUGGACUAUAGGAAGUUUGUUAGGGUUUACAAAACCUUGAUUAUAGCGGAUUACUAGGACGACGCUUUCGAAUACACUCCUCACCACCACCACCUCAAUUCUCACAGAUGCAAUUCAUACUCCAAAUUCGUUAGACAACUGUACGUAUAGCCAAUUCAAAAAUCGUAACCUAUAGUUUCCUGCAUACAUUUAUAUUACUACGGACAUAUGCUAUAUAUAUAUAUACAAAAUACUGUAUAAUCAUAAUCCUUUAAUGGGGCGAAAAUGUGCAUUUUAUCGGAUGUUCAUGGAUGUCUUCACUUUGGCGAUGGUUUUCGCAUUGGAGAAGACUUUGAAAAGAAACACCGAGGUCUAGUUCCAUUCCUCUCUCUUUUAAACAAAAUAUAAUCCAUUUGGAAUCCCAUCGAAAAGUGACGCCUAUGUGUCUUCGGGAUGAAGGCAGAAAAUGAGCAAGCGAAAUCUACAUGACAGAAGGAAACGCCGUCGAUAGUUGAUAAAACCGCUACCU